UCGACUUCAAUAUUACAAUUAUAAAAUUUUAUUAUCGACAUGAAACAGUUGGUUUUCUAUAAUAAAAUUACGCAUUGAUGUUUGGGUGUGCUAAAAAAAUUUAGAAAAAUUUAUUGAAAUAUUUUUUCAAACGCAACGACCUACAAAACUUGCUUCCAUUAGCCAAUCAUAUCGCACUAUAAGCUUGCAAUGUAAGCAAUAUAAUCUUGCCGACUAUUAUGUGUGUACGGACUUCAAAAUAUUAUGGAGAAUGAGUGAACCACCUACCAAUAAAAUCGCAAUAUUUGAUAAAAAUAUCAAACCAACCGUCGACAUUGACGGAGGGGACUUCAUAGCAACGGAAUGAUUCUGAAACUCAAUGUCACUUUACAUUAAAACUUGCUAAACACCAAGCAACUCAACUUGCAAACUACAAGUGGUUUGGCCACCAAAAAACAAACCGCUCAAAGAAGGAUCGAAAUGAAGUUAUUGUACUACGGUUUUCUAAUUAUUCUCCGCAUCGGAGCCAUACACGCCGUAAGUAGCUUACACGUACCUUUAUAGACAUAUAAUUAUAAAUUUUAUAUAGUUUAAGGAAGAAUUAAAUUAAUGUGUCUAGUAAUUUUGUGCUAAUUAUAAAAUUCGAACAGUUCAAAUUUCGAGACUAUAAAUUGAAUGUGCUAAUAAGUGAUCAAAUAAUCUUGUCAUGAAAAUAAAUUAAUUAAUAAUGUAUGUUAAACUAAGUGCACACAAUAUUAAAUUUGUUGGAGAGGUUGAACAUUUGAAAUUCUAACUGCAUUAUAUUAUAUAAUAUAUUAUAUAAUAUAUUAUAUAAUAUCAAAGCAUUAUAUAAUGUCAAAGCAUAUAUAAUCUUUAAUCAAUUAUUUUUUCCAUUCCAUUUUAGAAGAUAUUGUUAUAAAAUUUUUAUAUUUAAGACAAUAUUUCUUAAAAGCUAUUUACUUGAUUACAAUAAUCUUACUAUAUAAUUCAUAAAAUCAUUACUUGAAGAAAAUAUAAAUAGUACAAAAUUGCAAAUAUAGUCAUUGUCACUCUAGUCCUAUAGUCAAUGUUAUUUAGAAUUAUAAGUAAUUCGAACCUUGUAAAUAUGUUAAUAUACCUUUCUUCUGUUCUAAAACUUAAAAGGAAAUAAUUAUUCUCUAGGUUUAAUUAUUCUCCCUCUCUCACCGAUCUGCAUGACAAUUUUCACUACAAUUUCUCAAUAAUGCUCUGUAAUACGCAAUAAUUUGUAAUAUGAACUGCAUAUUAUCGAUAUAUUAUUUCGAGUUAUGAUCAUUACGCAAAAAUCGGUUUAAAAAACUGGCCAACACAAAAUAAAACACAAAAUAAAAAAAAUCCAAAAUAAUUAUGGAUCGCCUUUAUCGGUCAUCGCUUCAUUUCGUUAACCAAAUCUAGAAUUGGCCGGAUAUUUCUACGAACUGACUGCUUUGAGUACGGAUUUCCCUAGAACAUAUACCAUAUCUCGAGUUUUUUCUACUUUCUUCUUUUGUAUUGUCGUAUAUUUUAAUUAAGUUAAUUUUUAUUUUUAAAACAUUCCUUCAUAUAUUUCAAGCAAGAGUUGCGAAAUUUCCUUUUAUAGAACAUACUACAUCUGUUCCAUAUAAAAUGUUUUAUUGUAAAAGAAUAAUAGAAAUUAAUUAGUUAAAAUUAAAACAACUCACUCGUUAGAAUAACAUUUAUUUCUAAGUAUUUAUGUGUGACGUCAAAUAUAUAAAACCUACUUGCUACGUUUAAUAAUCGAAUGGCAAGUAGAUAUCAAUCUAAAAAAACUCCACAAAAACAGUAUUAAAAAUUCGACGAUCAUAGUUAUGAAAAUCCUGCAACCAUCAAGGUAAACGUAAAUAAAGUUGAAACGACAUCUGCAUAAUGUGUGUUUAGCACACACGCACUAAUAUGAUUUAAAAUUCAUUCACAAUUGUCGUAACGAGAAAAGCAUUUGUCGGAAGUCCUCAUGUAAGUCCAACUUCACAAAGAUCAAGGUGUGAUCUCACAUAGCUAUUAAUAUCGACUACUUCCUGUUAGCUAUGGAAAAUCACGCAACGUAAUGCGAGAAACUCGAGCGUGUUUACGAGCAGUAUAUGUCAUCAUUCUACGUUCAAUCCUUGAUUCCUAGAUUUAUAUUUUUUUUAUAAAUUUUAAAUUAAUGGAAGAAAACAGCACUGAUUAACUCGCACGUAAACCGACCGUCACCAUAACAGCGCAUAAAAUUAAAUAUAAUUAUUUGCACAAUGACAAACAGUUGUAGUUUAUUAUAUAAUAUACUUGAAAAAAUUACUUGAGAAAAUUAUUUAUUUCUUUAUUUAUUGAUAUAUAAAAGUUUGUUUAGUUCAAUGUUAUAUUUUACGUAAAUUACAGUCUAAAGUAUAUACUAUUGAAAUUGUCAUCUAAAGAAAGAAUAAAGAGAAAUGUAAAGUGUAAAAUGAUACUCGAAUAAUCAACUAAUAUACUGGAUUGGAUAAUUGAAUAGGACGAUUCGAUAACUGAUCCGGUCAUGACAUCACAGUGCAGUUUAUAUAAUUCUGUUUGAUAAUGUGCCGUCAGUAUUCCGUAAGUCGUGCAAUCGUUAUGUUGGUCAUUUUACAAGAUCAACGUACAUCGGUUUUACAGAUAGCCACUUUCGAGAAUAACACACGGCUGGACUCUGUUCAAACUAAUAUGUUUCCACAUCACGGUUCAAGCAGGCGAAACAGGCGGUUUUACGGCAAACGAUAUGGAUCUCGUCGAGCAUUACCCCUACCAUCAGCAGCUUUUGCUAACGGGAUGCCGCAAAACAAUGCCGCGACAUCUCGGGAGAAUUCUGGCUCGCUGCCAUUUUUGCAAUUCACUGGCAAAGACAUCCGAGUGAAUCUCGCUGGAUACCACGCCGAAGCUGGUCUUGGAGGCCUCCUAAGGGACGCCGGAAGACCUCCAGGUGAAGGCCUCCUAACGGGCGCCGGAAGACCUCCAGGUGAAGACCUACGGGGGGACGCCGGAAAGCCUCCAGGUGAAGAUAGAGGGGGCGCCGGAAGGCCUCCACGUGAAAGUCUCUGGGGGGGCGCCGGAAAGCCUCCAAGUGAAAGUCGCUGGGGAGGCGUUGGAAGGCCUCCAGGUGAAAGUCUCUGGGGGGGCGCCGGAAGGCCUCCAGAUGAAAGUCGCUGGGAGGGCGCCGGAAGGCCUCCAGGUGAAAGUCGCUGGGGGGGCGCCGGAAGGCCUCCAAGUGCAGACCGGAAGGAUGCCGGAAGGCCUCCAGGUGAAGACAGAGGGGGUGCCGGAAGGCCUCCACGUGAAAGUCUCUGGGGGGGCGCCGGAAGACCUCCAGGUGCAUACCGGGGGAGUGCCGGAAGGCCUCCAGGUGAAAGUCGCUGGGAGGGCGCCGGAAGGCCUCCAAGUGCAGACCGGAAGGAUGCCGGAAGGUCUCCAGGUUCAGGUGCCGGAAAGCCUCCAGGUGCAGACCGAGAGGGUGCAGGAAGGCCUCCAGGUGAAAGUCGCUGGGGGGGCGCCGGAAGGCCUCCAAGUGCAGACCGGAAGGAUGCCAGAAGACCUCCAGGUUCAGGUGCCGGAAGGCCUCCAGGUGCAGACCGGGAGGGUGCCGGAAGGCCUCCAGAUGAAAGUCGCUGGGGGGGCGCCGGAAAUCCUCCAGGUUCAGGUGCCGGAAGGCCUCCAGGUUUAGAUGCCGGAAGGCUUCCAGGUGAAAGUCGCUGGGGGGGCGCCGGAAGGCCUCCAGGUGAAAGUCGCUGGGAGGGCGCCGGAAGGCCUCCAGGUGAAGACCGAGGGGGCGCUGGAAGGCCUCCAGGUGAAGACAAAGGGGGCGCCGGAAGGCCUCCAGGUGAAAGCUUCCGGGGCGGCGCCGGAAGGCCUCCAGGUGAAGACCAGGGGGGUGUCGGAAGAGCUCCAGAUAAAGACCGGGGGAGCGCCAGAAGGCCUCCAGGUGAAAGCCUCCUAAGUGGCGCCGGAAGGCCUCCAGGUGGAGGACUUCCUGCAAGCGUAGGUACUCCAUGGGUUGCACACGCAGAUGCUGGAUUAAGCAGUGAAGCAAGCGCAGAGAACGGCACUGUCGGCGGCGGACUGUACGCUCUCGCUGGUCUCGGCCACGAAAGACCGAGGGCUGCGGCCGGCAUCGGUGGGAAACUGGACGGCAGCGGACGAUCGUUGAACCCGAUCUCAGGUGGCAUGUACGCAGGUGCAACACCGGAAGGCGGACCCGAAACCGGCGUGUACCUCGGUGAAGGAGACGGCAAGGAUGGUGUCGAGUAUACGGUAUCAAGCGACGUGCCGGUCGAUGCGUCCGACGCGAUUCCACAACCAGCUGGCACGACAACGACGAAAAAAUCUGACGAAAAAUCCGCCGACACAGACGAAGGCGCGGAUGAAACGAAGCCGACGAGGAUCCGCACGAACAUAUAGAUCAUACCGAGGAAGGAGAAAGAGGUACUGUACAGUACACGGUCGUACUUCUUGCGGCACAACUCGAUGUGAUCGGAUCGAUUUCGGCGGGUGCAGUUGCACCAGCUGUGAAAACUAUCAAGAAAACCAUCAUAGUUCCCGCACCCCCGCCAUUCAUUACCGUGCAAUGUGCGGCUCAAGCCAACGCUAAUACCAAUGUAAUUGCAACAGUUAAUGAGUGGUUGUAUUCUUUUCUAAAAUUCUACUUUAAAUAGCAGAAUGAGAGUAGUCAACUCUUUCCCUUCCUUAGAACUCAAGUGAAUUUUCUUUCAUAUGUAUGAAAAAAUUUCUACAUUCUAUAUCACUGAAUAAGUAUUUUCAUUUGAAACUAAAUAGUAAAUUUAAUAUAUUCAAAAUAAUUUGGAUCUAAGUAAUAUAUUCUCCUAUAUAUUAUAUAUUAUAUCUAUAUUAUAUAUUAUUCUACUAUAUAUAUAUAUAUAUAUAUAUAUAUAUAUAUAUAUAUAUAUAUAUAUAUAUAUAUAUACAAACAAAUUUACUUUAACAAAGAAUUCUGAAAAUAAGAACUCUAUUGGUAAAGCAUUACUCUAAGUUUGAGUAAAACAAUAACUUUUGCUGAUUUCAAGCGGCAAUAUUUUCGCUUUGAGUAAAUUUUCGUUUAUUUUGAGUGAAAUUUCACUCCAAAAUAUUUGAAGAAUACUUUUUAAAUAUCUGAAGUGCACUUUUACGUGAAAAAUAAAAUAACGUGAACAGAAACGCAGAGACAUUUGCUUUGCAUGAAAAUUCGAUUACUUAGUUCCACCUCUGUUACGCCUAACAAAUAUCGCUAAUUCGUAUAAAAAAGCAAUUGUGAUAAUUGUUAAUGAGUCCAAUCUUUUUCAGCAGAUCCCAAUCUCUACCCUGACAGCUGUAAAUCAACUGUUGAACAACGUCGGCUAAAACACGAAAACACCACUAAACAAUGAAAUCACAGGGUAUAAUAUCCUCGAUGGCAAAUCAAUCUAUACAUCUUAUUACUUUCUCUUUUUUUUUAAAAUCUCAAAUAUAUUUAACGAAUAUGUUCGUCCCUCAUUCGGCCACUUUCGGCAAAUAUUUAUUCGCAGUUUGGCCUGCUCACGAAUGUCGGACACGCACAAUGUCCGAUCUUACGAUUCCUCAUACGUGAUUAGAUUGCCAGUUCUUUCACGCGCAACAGUAUUUCUUUGUCUUAGGCAUGUUCAAGGAGAAUAUGUUAAUAAAGCGUUAUAUAAAAUA